CGCUGGUCGGCGCGCCGCCCCCGCAGCCGCGCCGCCCCCGCGCGCAGGGCGGCUGGAACCAGUCGAGCGACGAGGCGCCCGCGUGGAUGGCCGCCGCCGACGCGCGCAUGGCGUCGCGGCGAGGCCGCCUGAGGGAGGCGUGCUCGCUGCUGGGGCUGGACGCGGCGGGCAACGACUCCCUGCACCGCCCCAACCCCUGGGAGUUCCUCAUCAGCCGGCCGCACCGACUCGUCUGGUGCAACGUCUUCAAGGCCGCCUCCACCUCCUGGAUGUACAACUUCAACGUGCUGGCCGGCUACAGCCCCAAGUUUCUGCGCUCCAGCAAGGUGGUGCCGCUGAGCCUGGCGAGGGUGAAGUACCCGCGCCCCUCGGCCGAGCAGCUGCGCGCGGCGCUCAACGACUCCAUCGCCUUCCUGAUCGUGCGCCACCCGCUGGAGAGGCUGCUGUCCGCCUACCGGGACAAGCUGCAGUUCUCGCUGCCGCACACCCUGCACCAGAGGCUGGGCGCGGAGAUCGUGGCCAAGUACCGCGAUCCCUCCCGCCGGCAACACAAGGGCAAGGGGAACAGAAACCCUAGAUGGCCCACGUUCUCGGAGUUCGUCAAGUACCUGGUGGACGUCCACAAGAACGGGGAGCCCUUCGACAUGCACUGGGCUCCGGUCAUGCAGUUCUGCACGCCGUGCCAGGUGGACUUCCACGUCAUCAUCAAGUUCGAGACACUGCAGGAAGACCAGAACUACCUGAUACACCUAGCAGGCCUUCAAAAUACAAUUAAACCCGAGUGGAAGAAUCCAGCAAAAGGAAGGUCCACCAACAAGCUGAUCUCUAGCUACUACUCACAACUGUCCAGGAUGCAGAUCCUACAGCUCUACGACAUUUACAGGUAUGACUUUGAACUAUUUGGCUACACGCUGGAAGGCUACUUGGACUAUGGCACCACUGAAGCAACAGACACACAGAACACCAAGCAGUAAUGAGUGAAAAGAAAGUGUGAAAGCAAUGUUUAUAAGGACUUCUACAAUCAUCAAGCACAAUUGUUCUUUCAUUGUGACUAAUUUCCCAGUAUUCAAACAUCUACAAGACUAAAAAAACCAUUCCAGAUUUUUGUAAAUCACAAAAUAAUGGCAGCCACAAUGUGAGUUUGUAAUUUAAAGUACUGUUUUAACACUUGUUAAAAAACUACACAAAUGAUAGUUAUGUUUAUAGAAUUUCUGAACUUUACAAUUUCCAAAUCACAUUUUAUGAUGCAAGCUUUAAAAUAAAAAGGUAAAAAACAUUCCAUCAAAUUGUAAAAGUAAAACACACUUUUAUCUACUCACAGAAAGUACUUAUGAAGUUAGGAAAAAAAAAACACUAAUAAUGCAAAUUAGGAAGCCAACUAUUCAUACUAUAAUCUUUAGAUUAAAAUGUCUUUAAAACUAUAAGCCUGCCAUAGCAAACUACUUGGGAAUGCAGUUACUUGGGUUUCGAAAUAUUUUUAACCAUUCUUUUUAGAAAUAUAAAUUUUGUCUAUGUUAAGCAAUUAGAUGUGUCUAAUGCAUAAUUUGGAAUAAUGAAUCCAUGUGACUGCAAUAAUAUUUUAUUAUAUUGAAUUUUAAAAGUUAUCUAAUAAUGUUUUUAAUGUUUUUAUACAAAUGUCAAAACAACUGAAUAUGUACUAAGCUUUUUAAAUUCAGCUUGCAUGUAUAGCCACCAUUUGCUAAUAGACUGGCUAAUUUUUUCAUGUCCAUUUUAAUAAUUGAGACACAAAUCACUCUAGAAUUAUAAAGAACCUACGGUCAUUCUUUAGAUCACAACAAGUGGAAACAUGGAAUUUUAACAAAUUAAAAGAGUUACAAAUUUUGGCUGCACGUCUAAAUAAUACAUAUAUGCAAAAAUAUUGAAUUCCCAAAUGUAAAUACAUACAAAUGAGGAGGACAUUAGCAAUUCAGCAUUGUGCAUUCUGUUGCCCAGUCAUAAUAUAUACUUUGCAUUAGUAUUUUAAUGUAUUUCCUUGAUGUAUUAUUUCAAGUUAUGACAUUUUUAUUUGUAAAUAUGUGGUAUAUGAAAUCAACCAAACAAACUUGUUUGCAAUUCAAACUGUUCAUUAAGCUAAAAAUCAUAACAGGAUUAUCCUAAGCACUAUGUCGUAUACCAAAUUUAAAUAAUGAUUAAAAAAGUAAAUUCAUAUUUGUCGAGAUGUUAAUACAUGCUAGUUGAAUGACACUAUUCAAAUGUCUGCUUAGUUUCUCUCAUUUGGUAAUCAAAGAGUAAUGAACUCUGUAGCUAUAACUAGAUCUAAUAUCUCAAAAAAUGUAGUAGUGGGAUUUUCAAUGGAACAUGCUAUGGCAUGUCUACCCUACAAACAUUGACAAAUGAUGGUAGUUAUCAAUUUAUUACAAACGAAAAAUUUCCAUGUGCCAGUGAUAAACUUUUUGCAUCGCUAGCUAGUCAAAUGAAGAUAGUAUGAACUCGAUUAGAGCGAAUGAUGGUCAUUACACUACUUUUAUCACAUAAUGCUCCGUAGCACCAAGUGUCCUCCUUAAUUUGUGUCAGCCUUAGUUAUUUUUAAUAAUUUUAUUUUGAUAGUGUUGCACAACAACAGUGGAAUUACAAAAUUAAAAAACAAAAAAAUAUUCAUCCAUAAAAUCGCAGACCGUCCCACAGAGGGUAUUGAUGUCCAUAAAACAGAGUCCACAUGCAGUUUUAAAGCACUACUGAUACUCUCACAAAUUGUACUUUGUAAAGAUAACAUUUCAGAUACUUUAAAAAUUAAAAAAAGCUUUAUUCUACAAAAAUUUUAUUUGGCCUCAGUAUUUUCAUUAAUUGUCCUAAGCACCAUAAUUUUACUACAAGAUAAAAGUAUUUAAAACAGACUAAUAUUAUCUGACAGAUGCAACAACAUGCAAAUUAAAUACUAAAAUUUUAUAGACUUCUGAAGAUGUAAAUACACAAAGUCUAGUCUAUGCUGACCGGUUAGAAUUCCAUCCAUUGGAAAUACCAACAUUGUUGGAAAUGUAGUGACUUAAAUGUUGAAAGAAAAUUAUUUUGUGGUAGAAUUUACUAUUUAAUUAGAAUAAAACCAAGGGCUUUAAUAAAGUGAUUUACAUGCUAUUUAGCUACAAAAAUACAAAAAGAGCAAUUGAAAACUAAUCCAGUCACGGGUAAUUUGAUAAGCAAAUAAUAAAAAUUGUAUACCAUAUGUACCAUAAUGUAAAUAUGUAUAUAAAUUUUUUUUUCUGAUAAUAAAACUGUUUGUUAGUGUGUAA